CAUGUAAAUGAUUUAUUUUGGACGAGAGUGAGUGAGUAGCCUCACAAAUCACACGUAUCGUGUAGGUCAUGUAGUUAGAAUUGUCUGUGCAUGAUACAAGUCGAAAUAUGAAUUCUUACUUCGCAGCAUCGUUUUUACCUCAGUAUUCGGCCGACGGCCAUUAUACGACAACAAACGGUUACACCUCAAACAAUUAUGGACUAUAUUCAUCUCGUUUCGCCGAUCAACUAGGAUAUCACGGGGGAGGGUACGGCAGUGAACACAACCCUACGGGACAUUACUACCCUCAGCAGAAGUCAACAGCACCUUAUGGAGGACCUCAAGAGUCCAGUUAUGACAGUAAACCGUUUAAUACAGAGGACACUAGCCCGCGGAACUAUACCGCGGGCUAUCAGCACAGUGUGGAUUGGACCCAUGCUGGGUCGACACCCUCCCCUACCCGACAUCAAGCAGAGAGUCCGUAUGGCAGUCCCUUAGAUAUGAAGGGGGGAGUGAAUUGUGUUGUAUCCCACAAAGAUUUAGAGGAUAACUCCCCAAAAGCCUCGGAACCAGCCACACCGUUUUAUCCAUGGAUGGGUAUAGUAGGGCCAAAUUCUGCUCAAAGACGAAGAGGAAGACAAACAUACAGUAGAUAUCAAACGUUGGAAUUAGAGAAAGAAUUUCAGUUUAAUCACUAUUUAACACGGAAACGACGAAUUGAAAUAGCACAUACGUUAUGUUUGACAGAGCGACAAAUAAAAAUAUGGUUUCAAAACCGAAGAAUGAAGAUGAAAAAAGAGAGACAAGCAAUAAAAGAUAUAAACGGAGACACAAAAAUAAACGAUAGCGCCUCAGACAUUGCCGACGACGUCAAUGAAAAUUCAAGUUGAAACCAAGUGAUAUAAACCUUUUUUAAAAAAAUAUAUAUAUGAAAUAAACAAAAAAACUGGUGUUUUUAAUUUUAAAAACCAAACGGGUCAGGCUUCAAAAUGGUGCAAAGUCUUCUCUUUAUAUUGUAAAAGUGCAUGAAAAACAAUAAUCUGAAAUUCUUGGUAACAAAAGUGGCCAAAAUUUUACUCGAAAAGUUUAAUACGGGUAACCCUUGUAUAAACGAGAAGUGGAGAUGUUGAAAUCAAAUCAACCAUCAUAAUAAAAUGUGGUAUAUAUAGUCAAAUAUAUAGUAUCCCAUGACCUUUAUACCUUGCACGCGAGAAUGAACCGUAAACUUUUUAUGUGGUGUGGUUUCUGGUUUAUUUUGUAAAUGUGAUGUUUGUGCUAAAUGAAAACGAGAACUAUCGCGAUGUUAUGUUAUCCUGGGAUCGAUGACAGAAAUUGCUUUUUUUUUGUCAUUUCUUUGUUCUUUCUGGGACAAAAUGGUGUCCAGUGUGACCUAGAAAACAGAGUAUUUAUAUGUAUAUGUUUAUGAAUAUGUUGCCUUUCUGUUUCUUUCCGUUGGUAAAUUUGUUUAUGUAGCCCAUUGAGUCAAGAUUUUCUUUGUGUUGUUCCUGGCUUGGUCUCCAACCCUCAAUUCUUUUUUUGAAAAAAGAAAGUUUUGCUCCCUGAUAAAGACAUCUGGAACCCGGAAAAAUAUUGGAAUCAAAUUUGAAUAUGUGUGAUGCCCUUGAAAAAACAACUGGAAUUGCUUAAUCAAAGUACUCCUAACGACUAUUGUAGGCUUCACUCCGUAUGAGAAACAUCCGAACAAUGUUAAUUGAGAGAUUUUAUUUAUUAUUGAAUGUUUGCUACAAAGCGAUCGCUAAACCAUUCUUUUUUGUUAUUUUGUCAUUCAUGUAUAAUGUUUUAUUUUUAUUUUAUUCCUUGAAAUAAAUCUAAGUUCCAUGUUA